GAUAAUAUAAAACCCAAGCAGCUGCUGCAUUGUAAAACUCCCCCAGCUUGCAACACUCUGCAUGAACACAUAAAGGAAGGAAGCAGAGCUGCACACAUUUCCUCUGCUGUGUAUAAAAAUCUGCUGCUUCCUCAGGCUGACCGCUCUAUCAGUGCUGUUCAAACUGAAGGCUUCCUGGCAGCUCUGGUUAGUACAAGUGAAGAGUCUUAUCUGCUAACACAGGCUGACACUGAGCUAUUCAACAGGCCACUUCUGCACCACUCAAUAGCUUUGACGCUGCUUCCUUGGAAGUGAUGACCUCAAGCACAGAUUUUCCAUUUUAGGGACUACAUUAAUUCCAUCAUUGAAGCACCACUGCACUUCCUGCAGCUCAGAGAGAAGAGGUUUAACAUCUGAGGAGGCAAAAGAGGAGGUCUGGGGGGAGGAUCUACUGAGAGGGGGAGGUUAAAAGAGAAGAGAGAGAGGAGGUGGAGUCUUAACAGAGGAGAGCAGAGCGGUGCGCUGUCAGAGAGGACAGAAGCGGAUACAUCUGAGCAGAAACUGUCGCCUUAUAAAGAUGGAUUUAAGUUUCCUCCAAGUUUUGGAGAGAGAACGCGUCCUGGAGGUUCUUCACAGAGACAAACAUCUGCGGAAGAUUGAAGAGGAGAGGAUCAGGAAGAUGAAGUGCGACCUGCAGGACCUGCGGAGGAAGGGCGCAAAGAGCUACACCCGGCAGUACGGGGAGAGGACCUGCGCCCGGUGCCAGAGGCCCCUGGGGAAGUUCUGGAACACCGGCGCCGUGUGCCGCGGCUGCAGCCACCGCAUCUGCAGCAGGUGCCGUGUGGGGGUUGCAGACUGGAAGUGCACCGUGUGCCAUGCUUACAGGGAAGUGAAGAUCAGAUCAGGAGAAUGGUUUCUGGAAGAAAGGGCAAAGAAAUUUUCUGCCACCAAAGAGAAAUAUGAGACAGUGGGAGAGAAACUACUAAACCUCUACAGUGUGCAGAGACACAUAGCCGUGGUGCCUCCAACUCCUCCGCCUCACAUGGAACAGGAUUUUAGAGGCAGAUUUAGGGAACUGAAGAAUUCAAAGGCUUUUACACAAUCUAUGGAGGAUAUCAUGGUUUGCUUCAGGAGUCACAUUAGAAAAUUUUCCAAUUCUCAACAUGAUGUAAGAGGAGACUUGCUGACAGUUGACCCAAACCAAAAGGGGACGUGUUUUCGCUACAGCACCCAAAAGAGUCUGUCAGACACGGACAUCAGCAAAUCUUGCUCCCUCUCUAAACGGGAAAGUCUUCCAAACUUGUUCAAGAAAAGCAAAGACAGCGACCACGAAGGUUCAUCUACCGGUGCAGAGGAAGAAACCUCGUUUAGCUCAGAGCACUCUUUCAAUCACAGAGGCAGCAUCAGCAGCAUCGGCACCGAGUGUGGCGUCUUUGAGGGCAUCCUGGUAACCGGGGAGAUGGAGCUCGCUGUGGCCUACAACAGCAGCAGCUCCUGUCUGGAAAUCACAGUGGGCGCCUGCAGAAACCUGGCGUACGGAAACAGCAAGAAGAAGAAGAGUCACCCAUACGUGAAGCUCUACCUGCUGCCGGACAAGAGCAGUAAACUGAAGACAGCGGUGAAGAAAAACACAACCAACCCUGUUUAUAAUGAGGUUUUUAAGUAUAAUAUAGAGCGCCACCAGCUGUUUGGAAAGAGACUGCAGGCAACUGUUUGGCAUUCAGGGCCCCUGAAAAGGAAAGUGUUUCUGGGUGAGGUGCUGCUUCCUCUGGACGGCUGGAGACAGGAGAACAGCACCUUCCAGGGCCUCUACUGGUACCCGCUGUGUCCAAAGACUGAGACUGGCUCAGCAGUCUACAAUGGUCACUGAACCUCCUACCAUCCAGGGGAAGACAAAGUUCACCUGGAGGAGGACUGGAUGCACUCUAAAGACAGCAGAGAUCUGUUUUCAAACGUCUGUAGUAACACUUUACGUUAAACAAAUCAAAAUACUAUGUUAUGGAAAUCUAGUUUUUCCCCUGGAAAAACAUUUAUAAAAGUCAGUGCAUUAAGUCUACUCAUAAAUUACAUACAUGAUCUUUCUCUGUUAGCUUGUCUAAAGUUUGCAAAGGCUUUAAUACCAAUUUGGACCAAACCGGUCAAUUAAUUACAGCUGGAAGUGAGCCUGAAAGGAUUUCAGACAAAUUCGAAUUAAUCUUUCGACAAUGCAUAUUUAACAAGAACAAAAGGUUCUUCAGUUAGAUAAUCUGCAAAAUAUAAGAUAAUAUUAACUGUAUUUUGGAAAUUCAGUUGUGUGCAUUGUUUUUACAAGAUUUAAUUUAUGAUUAAAUCUGCUAUCUAAAAUUAACAUUUUAAUCUAAAAAUGUUUUGCUUGUUAAGAUUAUGAAUGACACCUAGAAUAUUUCAACCUCUAAUCAUAAAUAACUUGUUUUUAAAUGGUAAAUUUUGAGUCUCUUUGUUUAUGUAUGCAAAAUUAUUCAUUAUGUUAAUAUUUUCCUUUUGGUAGCUCUCCAAAAGGAAGGAAAACUCUUUACUAUUUGAAUUCAGCAUCCUUUUUGCAAACAUGUUUCUGUUGUUAUCUUCAAAAUCAACAAUCAAAUAGAACAAAAACAGAACUGGUACUUUUGCCUAAGGGCAAAUUGCAUGUUAAAAAAAGUAGUGAAUAAGAUUUAUUCAUAAAUUACUUUUACAGUAGAACUUUUAAAUGAUAGUUAAUUUGUUUUUAAUUCAUAAGUCAUGCCAUAAAAAAAAUGGACUCGUUUUGAAUCACCAAAAAUAUUUAGUGCUUAUAAACGUAGCAGUUUAAAGUAAAGUGCUGCUGCCUUUCAGAUUCAGAUCCCUCAUUAAUCUUUAGUUCUUCUACAUGACGAUUUUGAACUGCAUCUCAAACAAGACAAUCUGAAAGCACUGACAUGUCUGACCAACGUAACCUGGAGCUCCAGCCGCCGCGUCGCAGGAAGUGGUUUCUUCAGCAGGACGAGUGGGCCCAAAAUGUUGGCUCUUCAGCACUUCAUCCUGCACAAAGAUGCCUUUCUUGUUUCGGAGCAUGCGAGAGACUUCCUCUGGUUUCAAGCCUUUGGCAUGCUGAUGCUCUGGAAGGAGAGCUGCAGUCGAUGACACAGUGUUUUUCAUGAGUCGCAAUGGCAACUGGAAAACUGCCUGACUUCACUCGACUCCUGCAAAGAAACAGAAAACCUGGCGAUAAUCAACAUCACUCAGGCUAAGUUUUAUUAUUAUUGUAUUAUUGAAACUACUAGGCACUUUAUUCUUCAUGUUCAUUUUGUGACAACUAUCUUUUAUUCAUAAGGCUUUUAAUUUAUGUUGCUAUUUGUUUAUUAUUAUGUAUUUAUUUCUAACUGUAUGACAACCUGUUUACUGAUGCACUGCAGUGGUAUGACGACAAUCAUACUGCUACUGGGAUAAAAACCAAGUCAGAAAACUUCUCUUCUUGUAAAGAAGUUUUGACCUACAUGCCAAUAAAAGUGUUAAAAUACAAAAAUAA